CAGUAAGAAAUAGUAAAGAAAUGUCCGAAGCUGGAAAGAAAUUGAGUGAGUUACGUGUUUGUGAUCUCAAGGAUGAAUUGGAGAAGCGCAAAUUGGAUACGAAUGGUUCAAAGGCCUCAUUGUUAGAACGUUUGGAAAAGGCCUUAAAGAGAGAGGGUGUGGACCCGGCCAAACAUGUAUUUGGUGGCCCCAAAACAGCAACACCCAAAAAAUCUACAGCAACGCCAAAAACUCCAGCCGCCAAAGCAAAAGUUGCUGAAAAGCCAAAACCCGUUGAAAAGAAAGCAGCUGCUGAACCGGUCCCAAAAGAACCCGAACCAGAGACUGAAACUACGGAACAAGAAGAAGAAGCUGUUGUUGAAGAAGAGGAACACAACAAUGACAACGAGGAAGAUAAUGGUGAAAAUGUAGAAGCUGAUGAAAAUAAUGACAAUGAUCAAGUCACCGAUCAAGUCGGUGAAGUUGAUGAACAUGACGAGGAGUGUCAUGAAAAUGGUGACGAAGAAGAAGAAGUAGCUUACGACGAAGAUGCUGAAGAUAAUGAACAAAAUGCCGAUGAUGAUGCCGCAGAUGCUGGUGAGGGAGAAAAUAAUGAAGCCAUUGAUGAAACCUAUGAAGAAGAGGAAAACAAUGCCGAUCAAGAAAAUGAAGAGGGCAAUAACGAAAAUGAAGAAGGUAUUAAUUUGACAAUUGGUGAAGAUGAACAACAAUUGCUACAUGAUGAGGCUCCUGAUGAUAAAGACAAAUCGACUGCAUCUGAAAAGAAAUUAUCUGCAAAGGAUUCUAAAUCCGACAAAUCCACAGGAAAAGAUGAUAAAAAGUCUAGUCAUAAAGACGAUAAAGAUAAGAAAAAAGAUGAAAAAUCCAAUGACAAAAAGGAAGAAAGCGAUAAAACCAAAUCUAGUCAAAAAGACGACAAAGAGAAAUCAUCUGCAAACAACUCAUCUUCGACUGCCACCAACUCAAAAUCAACGAGUGGCAGCAAAUCAUCCUCGUCAGCAGCAAAUGCAUCACGCAAUCUUUGGGUAUCCGGUCUAUCAUCGUCGACACGAGCUAGCGAUUUAAAGACAAUCUUCUCCAAAUAUGGUAAAGUUAUUGGUGCCAAAGUGGUUACUAACACACGCACACCUGGUACUCGUUGCUAUGGCUAUGUCACCAUGUCUUCGUCCAGUGAUGCCAGUCGUUGCAUCGAUCAUUUGCAUCGCACUGAAUUACAUGGCCGCAUUAUUUCGGUGGAACGUACCAAAAAUGAAAUUGGUGGCAGUGCUGCGGCCAAUUCAAAGGAUAGUGGUAAAACUUCUGGCUCAACACGUUCAGAAUCCAAGAAGAAGGACGAUGCGAAAAAAUCUUCUAGCAGUGGUAAGGAGAAAUCAAGUGGCGAAUCAGGUAAAAAGGACAGUGGUAGUGAAACCAAAAAGGAUGACCGUGAUAAAACAUCCCGAUCAAAAGACGAUAAAAGCAAAGAAUCUAGCCGUGGCGACAAGGCACGUUCUGAAUCAUCAGUGAGGCGUCGUCCUCUGCACACUAACGACAGCCGUUACAACCAUUAUCAACGUCAGCGGGAAAAUCGUGAACGUAUGCGCCAACGUGAGAUUCUCUCCUACAAGAAGAUACGUGAAGAACGAGAGCGCCAACGCCUGCGGGAACGUGAACGUGAAUUGCGCGAGGAAGAACGCCGUCGCCGCGAGAUCCGUGAACGCCAGCGUCAAGAAGAAGCCCGCUUGGCCGAAGAACGCAGAAAAUUGGCACUGGAACGUGAACGUUUGGAGCGUGAAAAGGCAGAGCUAUUGCGUUUGGAACGUGAACGCCAGAAGUUGGAGCGUGAGAAAUUGGAAUUGGAACGUCUUGAGAUAAAACGUCAACAAAUGAAGAUUAUGGAAACUCGUGAUGAUCCUAUUAAACGUUUGAGCAAACGAGAUGAUCAUUAUCCAGUUGAUCGUAAACGAUCAUCGGCUACAGAUCGUUAUGAAGCUCCUCCUCCGCCAAGAUUUGAUGCAUCAUUGGAUACAACAUCAAGAAGCACCCAUAAACGUGAUGAUUAUGUCGGUAGCUCGUCCAGCAAACGUAUCGAUGACUAUACAUCAUCAUCCUCUAAACGUAUGGAUUAUGGUAGCAGUUCAAGCGGCACUAAACGUUCCGCUGUAGAUGAUUUUUCGGAUAUACCCACCAAACGUAGUACUGAUGACUACUCAAAACGCAGUGAUUAUAUGGGUUCAUCAUCGAAACGCAGUGGUCUAGAUGAUUAUACAACGAGCGGUAAAAGCGGUCGUGAUGACUACAAGCGUGAAGUGGAAAUUCGUCAUUUGGCAACAUCUGGAAGUGGUGGUGGCGGUGGUUCCUCAUAUCAUUCCAGCAGUUCAAUACAUAAGAGUGGUGGCGGUAGCGGUGGUGGACGUUACGAUGAUCGUACCACAUCACAUGGAUAUCGUCGCAUGGAUGACAUUGGCAAUAAACGCUAUGACAACUCCGGAGGAUUUGGUGGUGGUUCCAGUGGCGGUAACACAAGCAGCUGGAAUACUUCAUCAACAUCACAUAUGGGCGGUAGCGGAGUUGGUUCAUCAAUGAAAUAUUCCAGCAAUGGUAUGUCAUCAAAUAUGCAUUCCGGUUCGGGUUGGCCCAAAUCGAAUGCCGAUGAUAAUAGUUGGCGGGCAUUACCAUCAACACAAGAUCGUUAUGAUCGCACCUACAAUGAACGCGGAACUGGCGGUUAUUCUGGAGGUGGCAGCAGCAGUGGUGGUGGUGGCGGUAUGUACAACAGUGGAGGUCGUUCUGGUCAAGAUCGGUAUGGUGGCCCCGUAUCAUCACGUUACUAAAGUCAUUGGC